AUGGCAAGUGCCGGCCAAAGCAGUACCGCUGUCACGAGGGACUAUGGUAAAAGGACAGUUAUAGUAACAGGAUCUGCACGAGGAAUAGGCAAAUCAGUUGCCAUCCGGCUUGCGGAAGACGGAUAUGACGUUUGCAUCAAUGACAUCGCAGCAAACCAGGCUGGAAUUGAUGAGACUGUGUCAGAAAUUAAAGCUCUUGGGCGCCAAGCCUACGGCCAUGCUGCCGAUGUCUCUAAACUUUCUGAAGUGGAAGGUUUAAUUGCUGCCGCAGUCGAUGCUCUCGGCCCCCUUAAUGUCAUGAUUGCCAAUGCCGGAAUCGCGCAAGUGAAAGCAUUGUUGGACCUAACGGAAGAUGAUGUUAAGCGUAUGUUCGAAAUCAACGUGUUUGGAGUCUUCAAUUGCUAUAGUGCGGCAGCCAAGCAAAUGAUCAAACAAGGAACGGGAGGAAAGCUCAUUGGUUGUGCAAGCAUUGUGGCUUUCAAACCUUUUGCUAUGCUAUCCCAUUACUCGGCAUCCAAAUGGGCUGUCAGAGGCUUUACCCAGGCCUUCGCGAUGGAAAUGGCCGAGCACAAGAUUACCGUCAAUGGCUACGCUCCAGGAAUUGUAGGGACAGCUAUGUGGGACCUAAUUGAUGAGGAAAUAGGGAAGAAGAAGGGAGUCCAGAAGGGAGACACAAUCAAGAAGUAUAGCGAUGAAUUGAUUGCGCUUGGAAGGACAAGUGUGCCGGAGGAUGUCUCCAAGUGCGUCAGUUAUUUAGCGAGCCCAGACAGUGAUUAUAUGACGGGACAGACCCUGAUUAUUGAUGGCGGUAUCGAAUUCAGCUAG